AUGAUCGGGUCACCGGACCUGCUGCCCUUCACCAGUUCUGAGGGCUUUGAGGAGAAGGAGCAGCAGGAGGCUCCGAGGAGUCUACCUGAGGAGCUGUCUGUGCCUCUUCGACCUCCUGCUCAGCCCUGGACCACCAGAGCCCAGUUUCACAGAGACUUCAUCCUGGUGGCUGAGUUCUCAGAACAGGUGGGUCCAAAGCCGGUGCUGAUGAUCCCAGAUGACCAAAAGGUCAUCGGCUCGUUUGACCUCAACCACUUUUCCGUUCGCAUCAUGUCCGUGGACUACCAGGCGUGCGGCCCGUGUCACAGCCCCCCCGCCUCACCUGGUCCCCGACUCAACUUCAGCGAGGACUCCAAAGUGAUCCUGGGAGACUCGGCGGAGGACGCCUUUGCGUACGUUCAUCACCUGACUCUGUACGACCUGGAAGCCCGGGGGAUGGUGCGUCCCUUCUGCAUGGCCUACGUGUGUUCGGAUCAGACGAAGCUGAUGGAGAACUUCUCCGAGCUGUCGGGGGCCUUCUCUCAGGCUUCUGACAGCCUCAAGACAGGAAACAGGCAGGCCUUCUCCACGGAGCUGCGCCGCAAACUACAAGAGCUCGAGUUCAGAUGGUUGACUUUGCUGCAGGAGACAGAAGUCCAGAGGUCUAAGAGUGAAUCCACUGAAGCUGAAGAGAAACCUGAUGAGCUGAAAUCUUUAGAGCUCUCCGUCUUCACUCACAGAGAGCUCCUUCGUCAGGUCACAUCCUACCCCAACAGGAAGCUCAAACAGCCUGACUUCCUGCCGUAUGACCUGGCUGACCCCCUCGCGGAUCUGACUUGGUUACAGCCUCCUGAGCUCUACUCCUCCCCCUCCUCCUCCUCCUCCUCCUGCAGGUCGGAGCACCAUCUGAAGUCGCUGGAGGAGCUCUGCAACUCCUACUUCCUGUCUCUGAUGAAGGAGCAGCUCGUUGAUGCUGAGCGGCGCCUGCGUGGGGACCGGAGCGUCCUGCAAACGGCUCGUAUCACACAUUCGCUCUCCAGGAGGCUGAAGCUCACAAACUUCCUGUUCGAGCUGUGGAGCCCCGGGGAUGCGGAGGAGGGAGAGGAGGCGAACGGUGCUGAGGUGGAGCCACAGGGCGUCUCGGGGAGCAAGGAGGAGGUUGAGUCCAAACCUCGGAACGUGGAGUCAGUCCUCUCCUGUGUGGAGGAGAUACCCAUCAAACUGGAGGCGGGAGAGGUGAGGACGGUGACCUCUGACCCCUGCCCUGCUGCAGAGAUGUCGGGGAGCGUGAGCAGCGGGGACAGCAUCGAAGUCUUGGGGACUGAGAAGUCUUAUCGGACGCAGCAGGUGGUUUACGGGUCAGAUGGCAGAGAAACCCCUGUGGGGAUGACGGAUGUCUGCAGCCGGCGUCCAGCUGUGGAUCCAAGCGUCAUGCGUGUGCGAGUCCACGCCAGACGCUCCAACAGCGAGGACAGCAUCGAAGUGCUCAGCACCACGGAGUCCAUCUUCCCCGACGACCUCGUCGCCAUCACAGAGGAAGAGGCAGAGCAUCGUCCUCUGACCAACGGUUUCAAGAGCGACACUCUGACGGGGCGCAGCUCUGAUGAGGAGAGGCCGAGGAGCGUCGCCGCGUCAGAGCAUGACGGAGCGCCUCUGGACAGAGAGGAGGAGCCUUUAAAGGAAAUUCAAGUCAAAGAAAGGAGAAAUGGAGUCCAGGGAGACGCCACUGGAGAGAAAACACAUGAGCAGGUGCCAGCCGUGGAGUCGAGGUCAGGGCCUCGCCUUUUUGUCAACUUUGCCCCUCCUGCCGUCCUGACGGAGACCGGUCGGAGGUCUCCACCCUGCCCUCCUUUGAGGCUCCUGAGUGUAGACGAGACGUCUGACUGCACCAGCUUCACUGAAUCUUCCAACCCACCCUCCCCCACUCGCCAUCCCCACACCAACAAACAGCAGGUUAUGAAGAGGAGGAGGAAGGCUGGGCUUCGGGCCCUCAGGUUCAUCAAGCACCACUCGUUCUCCCAGCAUGCCAUCUUCUGUCUCCUGAGCGGGCGGCCCCUGGUUGUGGUUGGAGGAGACGGAGGUUUGGUAGCGAAGCUGGUGGACGCUCUCAGCGUCUACUUGCCUGCUCCCGGUCCUGAUGGAAGUGCCGUGAUGCCGUGUUUGACCACGCCCCUUCAGCUGACUGACCUGCUCACCUGGAGACUCAUAGGAAUACACAGAUCGACCUCCGCUGUUCUUCAUUCUCUGACUCCAUACAGUCGUUAUCUGGCUCUGCUGGACCUGGAUCAGAGGACCCUGAGGUGCCCGCCGUACUCCGGCUCCCUCAUCAACACGCUGGCCGAUCCUCACGUGUGCAUCAGACGAGGAACCACCUACCUGCUGCACCUGGAGAGCUGCCUGACUGCGCUGGCCAACAGAGCACUGCUGCACACUUUUCUACCUGCUCCACCUCCAGCCCCCGCAGCGGGGGGCACAGAGGAGCAGCUCCUGCGCACACACACAUCCUGCAGCAGCGAAAGUGACUUUCGAGUGUUGCGCUUUCUGUCCGACCUCAUUAAACAGCGCCACGCGGGACGUGGACCAGCGUUUUUAGGAUUCUCCUACGGCUCAUCGCAUCUUCACAGAAACACGUCCCCAACGUAAGAGACUGCGUGA